CACGUGACGGUACGAAGGCAGUACUUAAGCCAGUGGCGCGCUCCUCAUUCUCCAACUGAUGAGCUGAUUCGGGUUAUUGAGAGCAGUGUGUUUAUUGUAAUUUUCGUGAAAACAUGAGCUCCAUCAGAAGACCCAAGCAUGCAGAGAAUUCCUCUGAAAACAUCAAGAAGUUCUUUGUAGUACCAACAUCUGGAGUGGGAUCAGGGAGGAGGACCCUGAAAGUCCUUCAGCCGUCUGCUGUCAAUAAGAACCUUGGUCGUAUUGAGAAUGGCAAAGCAGUUCCAAAGAGAAAGAUGUGGAGUGCUGAGCAGGCGAAGGGAUCGAAGAGGGUUAAAGCAGAGGUGGCUGUCAAGUCCACAAGUCCAGAGGAUGAAAACCAGCCUGAGGGGGUCACGCAAGAGGCCUAUGAGCUCAUGAUCCAAGAAACUCCAGGGUCAUCCUACUGGAAGGAGGUAGCAGAAGAGAGGAGAAAAGCCCUGUUCAGUGUUCUCCAAGAGAAUGAAAAGUUGCACAAAGACAUUGAAGCCAAAGACGAACAGAUUGCUCAGCUGAAGAGUGAAAAUGAGGAGUUGCAGGAGCUGGCACAGCAUGUACAACACAUGGCUGACAUGAUUGAAAGAUUAACUGGUAAGAGUCCAGACAGUCUAGAGGAGCUGCGUGAAAUAGCGUUUGAUGCUGAAGAGGAAGAUGAGGAACAACAUGGGGAUGAGAGCGAAGCAGAUGAGAGCCAGGACAGUGUUGAACAUGGGACCGAACCGUCACAUGACCAUAAUGUGCCACAUAAGGAUAAUUCCGCAACAGAAGAAAGCUGAAAUUAUGCCAACUGAAAAAAACCUUUAUGAACCUGUCUGGUUUUAUUUGAACAUUUCUUUGCCGUUGAGAACCGAUUUGCACCUUUUUGUUUUAAUACUUUUUACCUUUGCUGUAAACUAGCUUUAUUUAAUUUUUAUUUCAGUACCUGUAGUUAAUGUGCAUGUUCACUGCCAGUGUACAUAUAUAAAAUUGAAUGCAUACAAUGGAAAUAAACUCAUAUUUUGUACA